CUUCCCAGCCGCCCUCCUCGCAAAGACCGAGUUGCAGAUGUUCCAUCCUUCUGCCCUUGCGGCUGGGAACUUUUUUACAGUGCAGUCAAAUCCAGAUUCUGCUGUACGUUGGAUUCAGACGAGCAGAGAUCAUUUCUGUCCGAAUGCCAACAGCCAAACAUCGUACGGUACAUAUCAGCGCAAGGUUUCGGAGGAGAGCACCUUGAAAUCUUUACGGAACUCAAAGAGGGCAACAUUCAUGACCUGAUCCAGAAAGAUCUCUUUAUAAGAGACAAUGAUUCGGCAACGUCUCUUCUCCAUCACAUGCUCCAAGCGCUCGAUUACCUUGCAUUCAAAGGCCUUGUCCAUAGGGAUAUCAAGCCUGCGAAUAUUCCCUACGCACCUCUACCAACCGGCGGCUACACCUUUCAACUCACGGACUUUGGCCUUUGUAAUGCUAUUACUGGCGCCCAAUCAUGCGUUGGGUCUCCGAUCUUUAUGGCCCCCGAUGUGUUGUGCAACUCAGGAGUCUCACAAACAUCGAUGAUAGAUGUUUGGUCCCUCUUUGUCACUCUGGCUUACGCAUUGAACAUGGAUGGGUUCCGGGGGAAGCCGUUGAACACGAAUGAGUUGAAGGUCAGGGCGGUACAGGAGGCUGCGAAUACCUGCCACCCCAUCCGAGACAUGGCGACCGUCGAUCCUACUAGACGAGCCUCGGCAGCAGAGAUGCUGGAUAAGCUCUUCAACGGAGAAGGUCGUUCAACUCCACGUAAUCAGAAAUUGAAAAGCGCUCCUGGAGAAGACAAGGGUGCAACUGCACCGCAGAAAGAGCGAAAACGCGGAAUCGCGGAGAGAGUUGCUCAGAAGGGCCACGGUCAAGCGCUCAAUAGCCUUGUGACCGCAGAGAAACGUGGAAUGCCUGGUGCAUUUCCAGACGAUAUCGCUGCGGCUUUGGGUGGAGUGCGGGGUCGGCCUAAGUUUACCUAAUUUUCAUCUGUCUCGACCUAGGUUGUGAGCUUUGGGCUAUGUUCGACGCCAUCACGUCCUUGAAAUCUGCAUUUUUCUCUAAAGUUGGCUGGCUCGCCCCAGAUCAUGUUCCACGACAACCUCUCUAUGUCAAUCUACCGUCAUUCACUCCGCCUCGCCUACCUCAACUUGUCCCGUAAACGUACCCCGCACUAUUCAUACCACAAUCGCUAGGAACCUCCGUCGACUGACUGCUCAGCGAUCCUUACAUAUGCUUGCCGGGCCAGUCGGCUCCACCAUCUCAACC